GGCGGAGACAGGCGUUGGAAAAGGAAGCGGAUUCCCUCCUUUCGCAGCAGCCUUGGCCGCACCAACUCCACUCACUCCGAAAACGCCGGCGUCCCUUUUGCAGACACAACGCUCGCAGCCAACAGACCAUGCGGACCUUGGUGGUUGUGCUGGUGAUCCUCGCGGACUUUUUGGUCUUCGGUUCACCAAGAAAGCCCCACAUUGUGUUUAUUUUGGUCGAUGACAUGGGAUGGAAUGACGUUGGUUUCACGGGCAACUCGGACCUGCAGACGCCCAACAUUGACACGCUGGCCUACAAUGGCAGGGUCCUGCGUCAGCAGUAUGCGCAGCCGACCUGCACGCCUUCUAGGUCGGCACUCCUCACAGGAAAAUACCCCAUUAGAACAGGAAUGCAAGGGUACCCUCUUGGGCCAGAUGAACCUCGGGCACUUCCUCUGGACCACAAAGUCCUGCCAGAAUAUUUGAAGGAUCUCGGAUACAGGACUCAUCUGCUCGGAAAGUGGCACCUCGGCUACCAUGACUGGAAGUUCACCCCUUUGGCUCGGGGCUUUGACUCACACUUUGGCUACAUGAACGGAUUUGUCGGCUACUAUGACCAUCGCAUGAAUGCCAGGAAUAUGAGCGGUCACGACUUUUGGAGAGGCACAGAGCAAAUGCUGCACCUCCAAGGUCAAUACGUAACCGAUUUGCUGACGGAAGAAGCAGAGCGUCUAAUCGAAGGUGCUGCUAAAGACGAGAAACCAAUGUUCAUGCUUCUGUCGCACUUGGCCGUGCACUCGGGCAACGAAGGCACCGACCACGAGUACCACGAAGAGGAUAUCAAGCGGUUUUCUUAUAUUCCCGACGAAAAUAGAAGAAAGUACGCAGCCAUGGUUUGGAGCUUGGACAAGUCGGUUGGCAGAGUAGUGAAGGCCCUAGCCAAGAACAAUUUGCUCGAGGACACGCUGAUUGCGUUUAUGAGUGACAACGGAGCGCAAACAAGGGGCCUGUAUGCCAACGACGGGUCUAAUUUCCCAUUGCGAGGACUGAAGUUUACUAUGUAUGAGGGUGGUAUUCGAUCUGUUGGAGCUAUUUGGCAUUCUGGUAUGCACGGACAGCAAUUUGGACCUUUGUCAUCAUUAUUCCACGUGACUGACUGGUUGCCUACCUUAUAUGCUGCGGCAGGUGGAAAUUUGACUGAUUUGAGUGGACUUGAUGGAAAAACUCAGUGGGAAGUCAUCAAUGAUGAAGUAAACAGCGUUGAAAACUCAAUUGCAAAUUCAGAGUAUCAAGUGAGGAAAGAGAUUUUGUUGAACAUCGACGAAAGACUUGGCCUCUCUGGAAUCAGAUAUAAAAACUGGAAAUACCUCAAUGGCAGUUAUGUCAACGGCGCUUACGACAGCCACAUGGGUGAUUACAGAAACGAUUUUUACUCCUACAGUUUAGAAAAUUUGGCAAAAUCUGAGGUUGCAAAAGACUUUGAACAAAAAUUCCCAGCGAUACGGCCCAUUGACAAAAACCACAUUGCCAAAGUGCGCGGAGAAAAUACGAUUAAAUGCAGCCAAGGGGAAUCAACAACGCCCUGCAACCUUGGGGAAGGGCCGUGCCUUUUUGACCUAAACGCCGAUCCUUGUGAACAGAACAACCUGAUUGCUCAAGAACCUGAAAUAGUUCAAUUCAUGCUUGCCAAACUGGACACGUACAGCUCUCAACUCACGCCACAGCUGAACACGAAAGGUGAUCCUGAAGCAAACCCUAAACUGCACAACAACUCGUGGGUUCCGUGGAGAGGAGGUUCCUUGUGCAACGGAAACAGAUGCUUCAUAUCCUCAGCAAAUUCUCUCUUUGCUUCAUCAAAGCAAUGUCUUGUUGGAGCAGUAGGUGGAUUUCUAGGAAGUAGAUUGCUCACUUAAGUAAAAUUAAUUAAUGUCAUUUAGAAGAAUUGUAUAUAUUUUUCAAUAUUAAUCAUUUUUUACAAAAAUGUCUCAUCUUUAAUUAUUUUGGAUGAUUGGA